CUAGUACGAGGGACGUGAUUCCCGGGUCUUUAGUUGGAAGACGCUAAAGGCGCGUCUAAACCUCCCCAUCACCGUCCACCCCCUGGGAGCCUAGGGCGGGGCCGUUGCGGGAGACCCAGAGACUGCUGGGAAGCCUUGGAGGGAUGCGGAUCCAGACGAGACUCCCGAGUUCUAUAUGUAAAGUGGAAACCUUUCCUGCUUCAUCAGAAGACAAAAGCAUCUUGUAAGUGUGGAGGGCCAAAUGUUCUUGGGAAUGGACCAGAAUCUCUUCGUGGAAUCCAGAUCUUGUAAAUACUGGAGAUCCACUGGAGAUCCAUUGACCCAUUUUGCAACUGGAUUAGAGAAAAAAGAGAAGAUGGAGAGACAAGACCCAGCAGAUGCAGGAACUGGAAAACUCCCUCUUGCUGCUCAGCCUUGGAGCUGUGAGAAGAAUGAGUCAAGUCUUAAGCAGAAGAUCCAGGAAGUGGAAACUAACACUUUAGAGAUCCAAUGCUAUCCCUUCAGAAAAGUACAGUUCGAGAAGGAGGCUGGGCCCCGAGAUGUUUGCAGUCACCUUCACCGCCUUUGUCUUCGGUGGCUGCAGCCAGAAAGACACACAAAGGCUCAGAUGCUGGAUCUGGUGCUCCUGGAGCAGUUCCUGGAUGUCCUUCCUCCAGAUAUGGAGAAAUGGGUGCGGGAGUGUGGAGCAGAGACGAGUUCCCAGGCGGUGGCCGUGGCUGAAGGGUUCCUGCUGAGCCAGGAAGAGGAAAAGAUGCAAGAAGAGUUGCAGAUAUCCUUGGAAGCAGCCACUGAGUAUGUCAAGGGAAGGAAAGAAUCCAAACUCUCUCAAGAGCUACUGGUUUGGGAGAUUUUUCAGAAAGAUCAAAAUCAGGAUACCUUGUCAGAGAAUCAAAAGCAGUCCUUGGUAUUUUUCGAGUCGCCUCUUCUUUGUGAUGUAGCUGAAAGAGUGACCGAACCUCUGCCUCAGGAUCUUGUGUCUUUUGAGGAAGUGGCUGUGUAUUUCUCCGAGGAGGAGUGGUCUCAGCUGGAUCCUGACCAAAAAGCUCUUCAUGGGGAGGUCAUGCUGGAGAACUCCAGGAAUCUGGCUUCUCUGGAAAAUCAUGUCCAUGAGGAUAAGAAUUACAUGGAACAACGCCAAGCAAUCCACCGAAAAAAGGAAAAAGGGAAGUUGGCUGAUCAGCUGGAACCAAAAAGUGAUGAGAGAAACCUAUCACAACGUGGAAUUAAAAAAAGCUUUUCUUGGAUCAGUCGACCUACUUAUCAUGGAAAGAUCCACACAGAAGAAAGACCCUAUAAAUGCCUGGAGUGCGGCAAGAGCUUUUCUAAAUCCAGUCACCUCAUUCGCCAUAAAACGACACAUUCAAAAGAGAAACCGUAUACCUGUAUCCAAUGUGGAAAGGCCUUCCGUGAUAAUUGCUCUCUUAGAAGCCACCAGAGGAAUCACAAUGGAGAAAGGCCCUAUAAAUGCCUGGAGUGUGGGAAAGCUUUUACUCAAAGCGGUGCUCUUGCUACCCAUAAAAGAAUCCACACAGGGGAGAAACCGUAUAAAUGUAUGGAAUGUGGAAAGAGCUUUACUCAGGGCAGUCAUCUUACUUCUCAUAAAUUCAUCCACACAGGGCAGAAACCGUAUAAGUGUAUGGAGUGUGGAAAGAGCUUUGCUCAGGGCAGUCGUCUUAUUUCUCAUAAGUUCAUCCACACGGGGGAGAAACCAUAUAAAUGCAUGGAGUGUGGAAAGACGUUCAGUCAAAACAGUAAUCUUACUUCCCAUAAAAGAAUCCACACCAGGAAUAAGCCAUAUAAACGCAGAGAACGUGGAAUGGGUUUCUGUGAAAACCCAUCUCUUAUGGAACAUGGAAGGAUCCACAUAGGGGAAAAACAAUAUAAACACAUAGACUGUGGAAAAGGCUUUUCUCUAUUCGAUCCCCUCAUUUCCGAUGAAAUGACCCAUUCAGAAGAGAAACCACAUAUCUGCUUGGAGUGUGGAAAGGUUUUCCCUGAUAAUUAUUCUCUUAGGAGCCAUCAAAGGAAUCACAGGGGAGAAAGACCCUAUAAGUGCAUGGAGUGCGGAAAGACCUUUGCUUGGAGCAGUAACCUUUCUUACCAUAAAAGGACUCACACAGGGGAGAAGCCAUAUAAAUGUGUGGAAUGUGGGAAGGGUUUUAGUACCAACAGUUACCUUACUGCCCAUAAAAGGAUCCACACAGGGGAGAAGCCGUAUAGAUGUAUCGAGUGUGGAAAGAGCUUUAGAAGGAGUAAUCUUCUUACUUGUCAUAAAAAAAUCCACACGGGAGAAGACGCUCUCCACUCUCCCGCCGUUUCGGGGAAUCCUGGCACUUUGCGGAGAGUCCACCAGAGGGCGCACGCACUCAGCUUCAGGAGGGAACUGAGCAUGCGCCGGGCUCUUCCGCUAAUACAAGACACGUGUUGCCCGGGGCGUCUUGUGAAUAGGAAGACCACUGGAGAUCUAUUGACCAAUUUUGCAACCGGAUUAGAGAAAAAAGAGAAAAUGGAAGGACAACAUCUGGCAAAUGCAGAAACUGGAAAAGGCCCUCUUGCUGCUCAGCCUUGGAGUUGUGGAAAGAAUGGGUCAAGUCUUAGGCAGAAGAUCCAGGAAGUAGGAACUAAUACUUUAGAGAUCCAGUGCUGUCACUUCAGAAAAGUACAGUUUGAGAAGGUGACUGGGCCCCGAGAUGUUUGCAGUCACCUUCACCGCCUUUGUCUUCAGUGGCUGCAGCCAGAAAGACACACGAAGGCUCAGAUGCUGGAUUUGGUACUCCUGGAGCAGUUCCUGGCUGUCCUUCCCCCAGAGAUGGAGAAAUGGGUGCGGGAGUGUGGAGCAGAGACGAGUUCCCAGGCGGUGGCCCUCACCGAAGGAUUCCUGCUGAGCCAGGAGGAGGAAAAGAUGCAAAAAGAGUUGCAGAUAUCCUUGGAAGCAGUCACUGAAUAUGCCAAGGGAUGGAAAGAAUCAUCCAAACACUCUCAAGAACAGCUCGAGGAGAUCUUCCAGAAAAAUGAAAAUCAGGAUACCAUGUCAGAGAACCAAAACCAGUCCUUGGUAUUUUUAGAGUCAACUCCUCUUCAUGAUAUAGCUGAAAGAGUGACUGAACCUCUGCCUCAGGCUCUUGUGUCUUUUGAGGAAGUGGCUGUGUAUUUCUCUGAGGAGGAAUGGUCUCAGCUGGAUCGUGAUCAAAAAGCUCUCCAUGGGGAGGUCAUGCUGGAGAAUUCCAGGAAUCUGGCUUCUCUGGAAAAUAAUGUCCAGGAGGAUAAGAAUUACGAAGAACAGUGCCAAACAAUCCAUCCAAAAGAGGAAAAAGGGAAGUUUGCCGAUCAGCUGCAACCAAAACGUGAUGAGAGAAACCGAUCACAGAGUGGAAUUAAAAAAAGCUUUUCUUGGAUCAGUCGACUUACUUAUCAUAGAAAGAUCCAUACAGAAGAAAGACCCUAUAAAUGCCUGGAGUGUGGAAAAAACUUUUCUAAAUCCAGUCACCUCAUUUCCCAUAAAACGACACAUUCAAAAGAGAAACCGUAUAUCUGUGUCCAGUGUGGAAAGGCCUUCCGUGAUAAUUGCGCUCUCAGAAGUCACCAGAGGAAUCACAAUGGAGAAAGGCCCUAUAAAUGCCUGGAGUGUGGAAAGACUUUUACUCAAAGUGGUAAUCUUGCUUCCCAUAAAAGAAUCCACACAGGGGAGAAGCCACAUAAAUGUUUACAAUGCGGAAAGGGCUUUAGGAGGAAUGCUGAUCUUACCUCCCAUAAAAGGAUCCACACAGGGGAGAAGCCAUAUAAAUGCAUGGAAUGUGGCAAGAGCUUUACUCAGGGUAGCCAUCUAACUUCUCAUAAGUUCAUCCACACAGGGGAGAAACCAUAUAAAUGCAUGGAGUGUGGAAAGACAUUUACUCAGAGCAGUAAUCUUACUUCCCAUCAAAGAAUUCACAAAGGGCGAAAGACAUAUAAAUGCAGAGAAUGUGGAAUGGGCUUCUCUGAAAACACGUCUCUUACGGAACAUGAAAGGAUCCACAUGGCGGAGAAACCAUAUAAAUGCAUGGACUGUGGAAAGGGCUUUUCUCUAUCCGAUCACCUCAUUUCCCAUGAAAUGACCCAUUCAGAAGAGAAACCGCAUACCUGCUUGGAGUGUGGAAAGAUUUUCCCUGAUAAUUAUUCUCUUAGGAGCCAUCAAAAGAAUCACAGGGGAGAAAGUCCCUAUAAAUGCAUGGAAUGCGGAAAAACCUUUGCUUGGAGCAGUCAUCUUUCUUCCCAUAAAAGAAUCCACACAGGGGAGAAACCAUAUAAAUGCAUGGAAUGUGGGAAGAAUUUUAGUACCAACAGUUAUCUUACUGCCCAUAAAAGGAUACAUACAGGGGAGAAGCCAUAUCAAUGUAUCGAGUGUGGAAAGAGCUUUAGAAGGAGUAGCCUUCUUACUUGCCAUAAAAAGAUCCACUCAGGAGAGAAACCAUAUCAGUGCAAGGAGUGUGGGAAAAGUUUCAACAGAAAUAGUAAUCUAAAAUCUCAUGAAAGGGUCCACUUGGGUAACACUUCAUAUAAAUACUAGACCUAUACAAAUAUGUGAGAAUAUUUUGUCUUUCCAGUCCAACGCAGACUCCACAGUCCUAGCUGUGAUUUUUGCUAAGUACAUUCCAAGGCAAAAAGUCAGGAUGAAUGGAGAUAACAGGCAUUCAUUGCCCUCUUAAUUGUGUCUAGCCCAGUACUUAAGAAGUGCAGAUUCCUAGGAUUUCUUUCUGAUGAAUAUUUCCACUAGAGCAGAGUUGCAUUGGAUUAGAUAUCCAAUUGAUUGGAUUAGAUAUCCAGUCAAUCCUCUGUUACUUGUUAUGAUUUCACAAUUUCUUCAUUUGCUUAAAUAUAGUUACAGUCUGCCUUUCCACCUUUGCUUAUCAUUAUGUAAUGCAAGUAAUACCUGAGAAAGAAAACCAUAAGGAGCAAAGAGUUAGAAAAUACAGCCUGAAUUAGAAAAUACAACUCAUUGCAUUUCUUUCUAUAGUGAGAAGGCUAUAAAUGCACAGCAAAGACUUUUUGUCUGUGAAGAUGCCAAAAGUCUGCUUUGCUGUGGCAUGACAAUGGGCUGCCAAAAACUAAAACAGGUUCUAUUAUAUUUACCUUGGAAAUGUCAUUAAAUUAAAUGCAGUUGCUAUGGGCUUGUGUGUGAUAUUGUUAAUGAUCUUCGGGCACAAUUACAAACAGAUUAUUUUUGGAGGUCCGUACUUAAGGAUUUUAGAGUUUCAUGUCAGGUUGAAAUCAUUUACAUAAAAGUGGCUUAGAAGUAGUUCCUAGUUUUGUGAAAAUACCCACCCCUUUGAAUCUGCUUCUAGCCACUUCUGUAUAUGGAGCAGUUAAAACAAGUAGUCUUAUUAAGAGAAAAUUCUUGUAGGGAAGAUGAAUAUCUAGCUAAGCAUCCAAGAGAAACCUAGAUGUGUAAUAUAUACAGAUGUGAUAAUAAUACAUGACAAGUAGCACACAUGGGAAAUCCUGACAAAAAUGAGAAUAGACAUAAAAAGACAAUGUUAUCCAGACUUAUUGAAAGUAAGUAGUUAAGUAGUAAAUUGAUUAUGUGAGAUCAAGGUGGCUGAACUCUGCAACCACACACAACAGAUUUUCUGAUAGGCCUGUAUCAAAUCUUUGCAACAACACAAGACAAAUUUUAUGAUGGAGGACUUCUUCCUAACUUGGUCCUUCAGCAUCUCCAGUUAUGCACUCAACUGGGUUUAUCCACUUCUUCCCAGUUGUCCUCUUUACUUCCAGCUUUCCCUUGAUGAUAAUUUUACUGCAAUUUCAAAGCUAAAGCAUAUUAUCUUGCCUGGUUCUGCACAGCAGCACUUAAAAUUGGUCACAAUAUCACCUGUGCUAUAAACUGGUUUGAGUGAGCACCUAGUUCAUCAUUCUAGAGUGCUGUUUUGUGAAUGAUGACGUUUCAAUUCUUUUUAAUUCUUUUUGAAUAAAAGAUAAAUGAUGUAAUUUUUUAUGCUUUUCUGUGCUCCACCAUUAUGCUGAUCUUUGACCAUAAGAAAAAUUUGAUGUGACAUUUCAAAAAUAUAACUGUUGAAAAUGAAUUCUUGACUUAUACUUUUGGUGAAAGAUAGAUCAUUGCUGUCUUUCAUUGCACUGAUUGUUUGCCCUUAGCUGGUUUUUAAAUUUGAUUACCAGUAAUCUGGAAUUUAUUACUUUAUGUUCAUAGUAUUUUUGUUUGACAAAGAUAAUUUGAGGAGAAAAGUGAUCUGUUUCCAAUUCCUCCAACUAUCUCCUUUUAUUCAGUAUGUUUAUAAAUACUCUUUAAUCUAAUUCUAUUCUUAUCUAUUAUUCACUAAUAAAGAAUUGAUUACUAAAUUAAGACCACUUGCCUCUGCAUUGUGGGUUAAUAAAGCCUCUUCAAUUUAUGUAAAUUUGCUUAACUGAUUUUCUGUGGUGAAACUACAGUAAUAUUCUUUUAAAAAUCCCCUAUUUUCCUCCCUUUAUUUUAUAAUUCUGCAUUUUCUCCAGUUACAGAUGGAAGGAACCAUAAUUUUUUAUCAAACUUGGAUUGAUUUUAUGGUUUGUCUCAGUAAUGGAUUAUAAUCUCUAUAUUCUAUAUAUUGAAGAUUUUCAAGUCUAUAGUACCUAUCUCUAUUGACACUGAAAUAGAUCUUGGUAUUUUUAAUACUUGUUUUUUGUUUUUCUCUAUACCUAUCUUGGAUUUAUAUAAAUAUGCUUAACUGACUUCCUUUGGUGAAAUGAAUAUUCUUUUUAAAAAAAUCCUCUAUUUUCUUCCCUUUAUUUUAUAAUUCCCAAUUUUCUCCAGUCACAGAUGAGGGGCCAUUUUCCCCUGCCUCGUUUCUCCAUCAAUGAGCCUCGUUGUGAGGUAAAAUUUUUGGAAGCUCCACCAGUUUGAGCUUUUUCCUCCAUUUUCGGAAAGGUUUUCUUUCGAUAUUUCUUUUUCCCCCCCCCAGCAUUACUUCCGAUGUCACAAGCUGAGGGCUUGUGAGGGCCUCUGUGGCUCAGACUGGUAAGACAGUCUGUUAUUAACAGUAGCUGCUUGCAAUUACUGCAGGUUCAAGUCCCACCAGGCCCAAGGUUGACUCAGCCUUCCAUCCUUUAUAAGGUAGGUAAAAAGAGGACCCAGAUUGUUGGGGGCAAUAAAGUUGACUUUGUAUAUAAUAUAAAAAUGGAUGAAGACUAUUGCUUGACAUAGUGUAAGCCGCCCUGAGUCUUCGGAGAAGGGCGGGAUAUAAAAAAAAAAAAAAAAGCUGCCACUCUGUUAUUCUUUGGCACCCAGAGCCUUGAUGAGAACAACAGCUGUACUGAAUUAAUAUUGAAUUGAAGAAAUAAAAACCGAUAGAAAUCUCCGUUUUCCUGACAGGAAAAUUUUUCUUCUCUCAGGAGAUGCUGCCAUCUUUCUCUUGAGAAAGCUGCCAUUGAGGGUCCUUUCCUUUCCUCCUACUCCCAUGUCCAUCAUCCCUGCCCUCACCAUCUCCAAAGAUGAUGUCCUCUUUCCCGCCCUUUGGGGGGGAAUUCUGGUAUUGCGCGCAGCAUCCUACAGAGGGCGCCCUCCGCCAAGAAGGGAACACCAGACGCUUCCCCAUUGGUCCAAUGGAGGGCGAACGUCACAGCUGGCUUUUCAGAGGAGGAGUGACAUCACAAACACUUGCCGCUCUAGGACGCCGCACUCGGUCUCCUUAACCCCUGGGGCUCCGCAAGAAACAGAGGGUGGCGGGCGGAGGUUCAGACGUGUCUCGGAUGAGGGGGGUGGGGGCUUUUCCUGUGCAAAAGGAGGGGAGGACACCCGCGCCCGGCCCUCCUCUGGCUUCAACCCUGGGUCCAGUGGUGAAAUCCAUUUUUUUUACUGCCAGUUCUGUGGGUGUGGCUAUGUGGGCGUGGUGCGGCUUGGUGGGCGUGGCAGGGGAAGGAUACUGCAAAAUCUCCAUUCCCAUCCCACUCUAGGGCCAGCCAGAAGUGGUAUUUGCUGGUUCUCCGAACUCAAAAUUUCCGCUACCGGAUCCAGACAUCUACCGGUGUCUGGAAGCUGUACGGGUCUGGAUGGGGAGAAACAGACUCAAGCUCAAUCCCUCCAAGACGGAGUGGCUGUGGAUGCCGGCACCCCGGUACAGUCAGCUGCAGCCGCAGCUGGCUGUGGGGGGCGAGUUAUUGGCCCCAACGGAGAGGGUGCGCAACUUGGGUGUCCUCUUGGAUGGGCGA